AUGAAUGCAGGUGAUUAUGCCUUUGGAAGAUCAUUCGGAUUCCUCUCCCAGCAGCGUGAUCACCUCAACCUUAUAGCAACAAUUGAUGCUCGUGGAGAAGUCCUCAAUGCACUGGGCCACGUCCCACAAUUCCUGCGCCCUCUCAUGAAAUACUUCUUCCUCGACCCUUUCUGGCCUAGCGGCCUGCGUGCAACAUCAAACCUGGCAACAAUAGGCACAGACGCUUACUAUCUCCGCAAAGACCAGCAGGACUCGCGACGAGAUCUCCUCAGUUUCCUGUUCAGUGCCAAAGAUCCAGGGAACGGAAAGCCUCUCUCCGAGAAAGAGAUUAUUGCCGAGUCUAUCUCGUUUAUCGUGGGUGGCAGUGAUACCACCAGCUCAACAAUGACGAAUGUCGUUGAUAUUGUCUCCCGCUUGCCGGGGGUCCGGAGACAGCUUCAGGCGGAGUUGGAUGCGGCGUUCCCCGGACAGAUGCCAGCCAGCUGGGUAGCUGAUUUUGCGACCGUUAAUAAGCUUCCCAUCUUAAAUGCCGUUCUGCGUGAGACGAUGAGAUUCAAGCCCACGAGUUCUACGGGCUUGGAGCGAGUGACGCCGGCGGGAGGGAAGAUGAUCGCAGGGAAAUAUAUCCCAGAAGGUGUAAGCAUUGGCCUUGCUCAGGAACUCACUGAUGGAUGCUGA